UCCCCGUGCAAGUGAUGCAUUCAGUGCACACGACGCUGCUAUACACGUUGGAAGCCUUGCAGGAAGUCGUGCAAUGGGACAAAAUUCUCAAGCUUCAAUCUGCAGAUGGGAGCUUCCUCAGCUCUGCUUCUUCCACGGCCGCAGUCUACAUGAAGACUGGCGACAAGAAAUGCCUUGAGUUCUUGCAAUCUGUGCUAGACAGAUUUGGAGACAAUUUGCCCUGCCAAUACCCAAUCGACCUUUUCGAACGCAUCUGGGCCGUCGAUACGAUCGCGAGACUUGGGAUCGACCAUCUCUUCAAGAAAGAGAUCAUAGAGACGCUUGAUUACGUUUACAAAUAUGCUGGGAAACAAGGCGUUUCUUGGGGCAGAGACAACACCGUUCCUGAUGUUGACGAUACGUGCAUGGCCCUCCGUCUGAUGAGGUUAUAUGGCUACCCUGUCUCCUCAGAUCUGAUCGAGUUCUUCAGAGACGACGAUGGCAAUUUCAUAUGCUUCCCAGGCCAAACGCAUCGUGGAGUAUCAGACAUGUUCAACUUGUACCGAUUCUCUCAGGUUGCCUUCCCCGGCGAGAAAAUUCUGAAGGAAGCCGAGUCCUUUGUGGAGACAUACUUGAAGGAUUGCGUGAAGAACAACAACGUCGACGACAAGUGGUCCUGCAAGAAGGCACUGGGCAAAGAGGUUGCUCGUGGCUUGGAGUACCCGUGGAGGAGGAGCUUCCCCAGACUUGAUGCCAGGGAAUACCUUGAGCAUUAUGGAGACAGCGAUGUUUGGCUCGCCAAGACCAUCUACCUGAUAUACAAUGUGACAAAUCCGAAGUACCUACAACUUUCCAAGUUGGAGUUCAACAGGCUGCAAGCAAUAUACAAGAAGGAGACGGAUUCCAUUGCAGAUUGGUGGAAUAGCUAUGGACUAGAAGCUGCCUCUCUGUCCCCUGAGCAGCUUCACUUCGCUAUCGCUUCUACACUCUCUGAGCCAGAGUUUGCUACGAGCAGAAUAGCCUACACCAAGUUCAAUUCCAUUGAAAAUGUUCUCGCAGAUCUGUUUUACAAACAUAAAUCCACUGAGGACUUGAAGUUGCUGUGCCAAGCAGUUGAAGAGUGGAAUCCCUCGCUGGCUCUUUCACUUCCAGCUCAAUUGAAAACAACAUUCAAUGUUUUGUAUGAGACUCUGAAUGAAUUAGCAGGGGAAGCCAGUAAAGUCCAAGGGAAGGAUGUGUUCCCCUACUUCCAUGAACUCAGGAAGAAACAGAUGGAGGUGUACAUGAAACUUAGGGAGACUAAAUUAGGAGGACAAAGCGUGGAGCACUCAUUGAAGGAGUACAUCGACCUUGGCAAGAGCGAAUUGGGCGUGGCCGUCAGAUUACUGCCUUCCGUGUUUCUGAUGGGAGAGCGUCUCAAGGAUUUGGAUCUGCUUUGCUUGAACGAGAAAUCCAGACUCCAGGAUCAACUCUCCGAGUUCUUGAGACUGUACAUCGAUGUCCAAAUGCACAACAACUCGCUGGUGCCAGAUGGGAACAACGCUGUGGCCUUGAGCAUGAAAGAGAGCAGCUGCACGGUGGAGGAAGCGUUGGGCCACGUAGAGGCGAAGAUGGAGGCGGCGUUCGACGAGCUGGUGCACGAGAGUCUAAAGCCGAGCUUGGUGCCGCGCAGCUGCCGGAGGUUGAUGUUUGAGCACGCGAGGAUCACACAGUUCUUCCUGCACGACGACUUCACCUCGCCGGCGCAUAUGCAGAAGAUCGCCGAAGCCAUGCAACGCUUCUACACGCCUGUUCCGAUCGGUAGUGCAUGAACGGAAUAACUAUUUAGAUUACCA